AUAAUAUAAUAUUAUAUUAUUGUAAUAUAUUGUUAUUUUUCGCGACGAGAUAAUUAUACAUUGUUGUUAUUAUUAUAUAUUGUUGUUGUCGUUUCGAUAAUAAAAUAUCGCAACAAACUGUACAAUAUCAUUGUCGCUGCGACACGAGCAGCCGCCGUCCAUUCGCGGUACUCACUCGCUGCACGGCUUGGGAUGCGGCAUAAUUGACUGUCGCACACCAUCGUCCUAUAUACCAUCGUUAUCAUCGCAGUACACUUGAGACGAUAAUAUUUUCGUAUACGUUGCAACCGCCGGAAAUCGGAAACGGCUGCAAAAAAUCGUUUUGUGGAAGAAUACCGGAAGUGCGUCUAUACAAAAGCUGUUUCGGCCGAUGAAACUGGACAUGGCUCUGGGGAGUGCAGCUCCCACGAGCUUCCAACACCGCUGCGGGGUGACCACGGCUCUUAUAUUGAUCGUCUGUGUGGCACUAACAAAGUCUGCUCCGACGACUUACGAUGAAAUCGAAGCAAAACGGACAGACUUGGCGGACUAUUUUAAUGACCCAAAUGGCUGUUACUAUAAUUAUCAACAUUACGAAGAAGGUGAUCGCAUAGUGACCAACGAACCGUGUUUGAACUGUACUUGCCACAAUAGAAUGCUGAUGUGCUACCUAAGAGUGUGUCCGUUUUCAAAAGCUAUUGGACAAGACUGUACGGUACAGAAAUCACCGGAUCAAUGUUGUCCCGUAAUAUCUUGCCCGGAAGUGCCAGUACACCUAUUAACCAGUUCGACCACACCGACGCCGACGACAACAACUGAAAUUGGUUGGCACGACAAUUAUGGGUGCAUGAUGGACGAAAACGAAUUCUUUCCUGAUGGCGCUCAGGUUCCACCCAAUCCGAAAAAACCUUGUGAACUCUGUUAUUGUAUCAGAAACCGAACAGCUUGUAUUAUGCAAGAGUGUACAUUACACGUGGAAGGUUGUCGACCGGUAUAUCAAGAAGGCGUUUGCUGCCCUGUUCGAUACGAUUGUGAUUAUGAGAGUGAAAAAUCUACUACUUCGGCCCCACAAAUCACUGGUGGAUUAGUUUUUUCCACUACUUCCGCACCAUUCGAUUGCCGAGUUAAUGAUGACGUUUACCGAGAUGGGGAGUCUAUUGCUAUGGUAUCGGAAAAACCUUGUGAACAUUGUUAUUGUAUGAGAGGUGAUAUUGUGUGUGCAGUUCAAGACUGCGGUGAACCACUCAGAGGAAAAGACUGUACACCGGAAACACCACCGGCUGGUCAAUGUUGUCCCACUUCGUAUCAAUGUGCAAACGAAACGAACAAUUCGUAUGAUAUAACUACGCUACAACCAGUAUUGCUAAGUGAUUCGGAUGAAAACGAAGCCGAAAAAUUCCCGAUAAAUGAAGAUAUAUACAAUAAACUAGGAGAAACCCAACCUACGAGCGAACAUGACGAAGGAAAUGAAGUUGAGUCUGCUCAUACCAUGACAAUUCCUCCAAACAAUCAUAAUACAGCAGAAACAACAAAUAUUUUACCAGAAAACGAUAGUACAAACAACAAUAACGAAGAAAAUAAGCAAGGAAUUUCAAGUACUCUACCAAACUUAACAGACCAGGAAAACAUUGGUACAGAAACUGGACAAGCUAAUUAUGACAGUACAAACAAACCUAAUGAAGCAACAUUGGUCGAUGAAGUGCAACCAACGCAAUUACCGGCUUCUGAUCCUUCAACAAAUGAAAAUGUUAUUAGUUCUUCUACUCAAACAAUUCCUAAUAAAGGCGAUAAUGUUAAGGUAGAAGAAGAAAACAAUAAUAAUGAAAUUCCAGAUAAAAAUCCAAUUAAUGACGAUCUUACGUCAAAUUUACCAGUGUCAUCGACAGACAAUAUUGUAAAAGGUAGCACACAGGCUUCUAAUCUUCAAGACAAUCCACAAGACGAUAAUACUACUGAAAAUCAACCUAUAACUGAUAUUCCUAAAGUAGAAAAUGACCCCACUGAACAAAAUAAACCAGUAGUUGACAGUAGUUUGGAAACUGGAAACCAGCCAGAAUCUAAUAAGACACCAGUAGAACAAAAUAAUCAAGAUAAUCCUCAGCCAGAAAAUGUAUCAGCAACUGAAAUUCCCAAUGUACAAAACGAACCAAUAGUUGACAACACAUCGGGAACUGAAAACCAGCCUGAAUCUGACAAAACACCAGUUGAACAAAAUAAUCAGGAUAAUCCUCUAUCAGAAAAUGUGUCUGUAACUGAAAUUCCCAAUGAACAAAAUGAACCCACUGAACAAAAUAAACCAAUAGUUAAUAACGUACCGGCAACUGGAAACCAAAUUAAAUCUGACAAAACACCAGUAGAACAAAAUAAUCAGGAUAGUCCUCAAUCAGAAAAUGUGGCUGUAACUGAAAUACCAAAUGUACAAAAUGAACCUACUGAACAAAAUAAACCAAUAGUGGAUAACUCAUCGGGAACUGGAAACCAACCUGAAUCCGACAAAACACCAGUUGAACAAAAUAAUCAAGAUAAUCCUCAAUCAGAAAAUGUGUCAGUAACUGAAAUACCAAAUGUACAAAACGAACUAGUAGUAGACGGCACUUCGGAAACUGAAAACCAACCUGAAUCUGACACAACACAAGUUGAACAAAAUAAUCAGGAUAGUCCUCAAUCAGAAAAUGUGGCUGUAACUGAAAUUCCCAAUGCUGAAAACGAACACACUGAACAAAAUAAACAGGAUAGUCCUCAAUCAGAAAAUGUGUCAGUAACUGAGAUUCCUAAUUUACAAAACGAACCCACUGAACAAAAUAAACCAAUAGUUGACAACUCAUCGGGAACUGGAAACCAACUUGAAUCUGACAAUACACCAGUAGAACAAAAUAAUCAGAAUAGUCCUCAAUCAGAAAAUGUGUCAGUAACUGAAAUUCCCAAUGAACAAAAUGAACCCACUGAAGAAAAUAAACCAAUAGUUGACAACACAUCGGGAACUGGAAACCAGUCUGAAUCUGACAAAAUACCAGUUGAACAAAAUAAUCAGGAUAGCCCUCAAUCAGAAAAUGUUUCUGUAACUGAAAUUCCCAAUGCGCAAAAUGAACCCACUGAACAAAAUAAUCCAGUAGUUGGCGGAACCUCCGGAACUGAAAAUCGACCAGAAUCUGAUAAGACACCAACAGAACAAAGUAAUCAGGACAGUCCUCAGUCAGAAAAUGUGGCUGUAACUGAAAUUCCCAAUGUACAAAAUGAACCAAUAGUUGAAAACGCAUCGGGAACUGGAAACCAGACUGAAUCUGACAAAACAGCAGUUGAACAAAAUAAUCAGGAUAGUCUUCAAUCAGAAAAUGUGGGUAGUACUGAAAUUCCCAAUGCUGAAAACGAACACACUGAACAAAAUAAACAGGAUAGUCCUCAAUCAGAAAAUGUGUCAGUAACUGAAAUUCCCAAUGAACAAAAUGAACCCACUGAACAAAAUAAACCAUUAGUUGACAACACAUCGGGAACUGGAAACCAGCCUGAAUCUGACAAAACACCAGUUGAACAGAAUAAUCAGGAUAGUCCUCAAUCAGAAAAUGUUUCUGUAACUGAAAUUCCCAAUGCGCAAAAUGAACCCACUGAACAAAAUACACCAAUAGUUGGCGGAACCUCCGGAACUGAAAAUCGACCAGAAUCUGAUAAGACGCCAACAGAACAAAGUAAUCAGGACAGUCCUCAGUCAGAAAAUGUGGCUGUAACUGAAAUUCCCAAUGUACAAAAUGAACUCACUGAACAAAAUAAACCAAUAGUUGAAAACGCAUCGGGAACUGGAAACCACCCUGAAUCUGACAAUACAACAGUAGAACAAAAUAAUCAGGAUAGUCCUCAAUCAGAAAAUAUGGCUGUAACUGAAAUUCCCAAUGUACAAAAUGAACCCACUGAACAAAAUAAACCAAUAGUUGAUAACGUAUCGGGAACUGGAAUCCAACCUGAAUCUGACAAAACACCAGUUGAACAAAAUAAUCAAGAUAAUCCUCAAUCAGAAAAUGUGUCAGUAACUGAAAUACCAAAUGUACAAAACGAACCAGUAGUAGACGGCACUUCGGAAACUGAAAACCAACCUGAAUCUGACACAACACAAGUUGAACAAAAUAAUCAGGAUAGUCCUCAAUCAGAAAAUGUGGCUGUAACUGAAAUUCCUAAAGUACAAAAUGAACCAAUAGUUGAAAAUGCAUCGGGAACUGGAAACCAGCCUGAAUCUGACAAAACACCUGUUGAACAAAAUAAUCAGGAUAGUCCUCAGUCAGAAAAUGUUUCUGUAACUGAAAUUCCCAAUGUACAAAAUGAACCCACUGAACAAAAUAAACCAAUAGUUGACAACUCAUCGGGAACUGGAAACCAACCAGAUUCUGAUAAGACACCGGCAAUACUAAAUAAUCAGGAUAGUCCACAAUCUGAAAAUAAAGUAACUGAAAAUAAUCCUAUACAACCAGUAGUUUCAGAAAACGAUGCAUCAACAGAACAACCAAACCAUGAAAAUAAUAUAUUUGUUGUGUCACCAACUUCACCACCACUAUUCUCAGAUAACCAAGUUAAAGGUGAUGAAUCGGUUUCAAUAAUUAAUGAAAACAAUACCAAUGAUAAGACGACUGUAAAUUCUAAACCAUCAACUGAUGACAAAGCUUCGUUAAUUGAAAACACUGAUGCGCCCAAUAUAUUACCAGAAAAUCACACAGAUGUAGUUACAGACAGUCUAAAUGUGGUAUCACAACCAAAUGCUGAUAAUAUUGAAAGUUCAUUAAACAUAAAGCCUAUUAAUGACAAAGAUAAUAGUGCUGAUGUGACGGAUAGCCCAGUUACUUCUCAUGAACAAUUACCUGCCGUUGCUGAACAUAACGACAACAGGUUAGGAUCGAAUAAUCCGGUGAAUUUGGAACCAGUGCUUACACCAACGACUGAAAUAAACCAUGAUACUAACACAGAAGUAAUAAAUCACGGUGUAUUGAUAGACGACCCUCCAUCUCAAGCAAAUCAACCCAUCGACGUGCAUUCGGGCGAAGACGACGAAAGCGCUCCUAAUGCUGUUUCGUUGGACCAACAAAUCACUCAUCAAACUGAAACUCCUGAAGAAUUGACAAAUAAAUAUCCAUUGUCUACCGAUGAACACACGAAUGAUGUUACUACUUCUUUACCGCAACAGCAAAUUAUUGAAAACAAUAUUCCUGCGGUACAUCCUCAAGUUAUUAAUCCUAGUGAAAUAACUACACAAGACGAAACGAAAACACAAAACGACGUAUCCGUAAACGGAUCACUUGAACAAUCUUCCGGGAAUGAUGUACCAACUGCAACAGUUGGAGUACAAAAUUCUGAGGACGUUUCCAAACCAACAGAAUCGCCUGUAUUGCAUAGUAAUAAUGGUGAAGCACCGGAACAAAACAAUGAAUAUGAAAGCAUCACUCCUCAAGAACAAUCGCAAGACGAGAAUGUUAACGAGAUUGUGGAUCAAACGUCAGUUUACCCAGAUACUUCAUCAGAUGAAAAAAACAAUUUGGUUACAAGUACUGGAUUAUCUCUUAAUAACGUUGACAAUGUAACACCUUCAUUAAAUAAAAUAGAAAGUGACUUAAAUUCACAAGUAUCCGAUGAAAAACCAAACCAAGACGUUUCAGUUGAAAGUGCAACUAUUCAAGCGAUUUCAGGAAAUAUAGAUAAUAAUGCAGACAAUGUAGUGACAACAAAUAGCUAUGCUGAUUUACCAUCUACAAAUGCACCUGGAAAUCAAAUGGUUGAAAACGAAAUAAAUUCAGCUGUAAAUCCAACUAAUACUGUUGAAACGAACGUAAAUAAUGAUCGACCUGAAAAUGUUGUACCACAACUAAGCUCUAAUGAAGCAUCAACUCAGUACAGCGAGGAUGAUAGCUCAACAAAUAGCCCUAUCCAAGAAUCUCCAAAUGUGAAUAUUAUCAGUAAUGUGGAGGCGAGUACCAAUACACCAAACGAACCAGAAAGCCCUAAUGACAUAAAUCAAGAUUCAAAUGCUGAAUCUGAAUUAUAUACAACUCAGUCACCAAUUGAUAUGCAAAUAUUAAACGUUUUUCCCAUUGUUGAUGGAAAACCUUCCGAAAGUCCACAAAAUGCUGACAAACCUCUAGUAUCGAAAACGCCCGAUUACGUAAUAGAUAUAACAACAUCAGUUUAUAGUGAAUCAUCAAAUGCUCCAGAAUUGAACGAACCAAUAGAUUCUGUUAGUGAAGUAGCCACAUUAAAUGAGAACAAAAAUACUGACGUUGUAACAGAAAUGUAUGAAAACGUACAACCAGGAGUACCCGGAGAGGGAAGCUGUUUGAUUGAUUUUGUGACUUAUGCACACAAAUCGGAAGUACCAAAAUCUAACCCGUGUCAUGAAAAAUGCGAGUGUUUAAACAGCAUAGUAACGUGUACUUCUGUAAACUGCCCACCUGCACCGCCUCAACAUAGAAAUUGUAUACCUUUACACCCAGGAAACGAAUCGUGGUGUUGUCCAACAUAUAUGUGUGAAGGAGGCAUAGAAGGAAUGUUAUUUGAUAGUCAUAAUCAACUUGGUUCUCCUCAGUUAAUAUCCACAGUGGUAUUAGAAGAUAAGCCUAGUGAAGUAAAUGACGAAAAACCUCAAACAAAUGAAGAUAUUUCAAGCACGAACAGCCCUCAAAUUUCUCAAGAAUACAACACUGUAACACCAUCUCAAUUCGAUUCGAACUCAAAUAUAAAUUCUGAAGAUAGUAUCGGUGUGACUGAAGUUCCAGCACAUACUGAAACUUCUUACAAGCCAACAGAAGAUCAUGUAGCUACAGAUGAUGAAACCCAACCAAUUGAAAGUGAUCAACAUACGGAAAAUAAUAAACCAACUAAAAUUGAUCUACCAUUUGAAAACCCAAAACCAAUCGAAAACACUGAAGCUGAUUCUACAACAACUUCAUACGUAACUGAUGAUCAAUCAAUAACAAAUAAACCAGAAACGUUAAAUAAUAACGAAGAACAAAAUGUAUUGUACAACACAGUCAACGAAUCUCAAGAUUAUCUAGCACCAUCAACUCAAGCGCCAGAAAACUAUGAACCUGCAGUAACAAAUGUACUUCCCACUGGUGAUCAAAACCGACCAGAACAAAACUCCGAAUCAGACGUCUCAAUAUACAUCACUACAAACAAGCCCAACUACGAUUUUAUUGUAAAUCAACAACAAAUUGAUAGUGAUAACAAAGCAAGCGAAGAGACCAAUAAUCCACCCGUCAAUGAAGAUUCCAACACAAAUCCCAUUGAUAUAGUAACGAAUUUACCUGUGAGUGAUAUUAAUCCAUUAGAAGUAGGAACUCAAACGCCCACAGUUAUAGCCGACGAAAAACCUAUAGUUUCCGGAAAUAAUGUCGACGGCUUGAGACCAACAAGUAUCGAUGACAUUAUUUCAUCAAUAUACUUGGUCAAGGACUCAGUUAAGAACUCCUUAGAAACUUCAUCAAAACCUACUGAAACCUCAAAUGAAGAAAUUGGAUUAUUCGAAAACGAUUAUCAAACAACAACCGUGCCCGAAGAUUUUCCAUCAGAACAAUACAACAAUAACGAAUCUCAGACCACAGUGAGCAGUGUAAACAGUACUCCAGAAUCACAAAAAACAGAUGUGAUAAAUGAAAUCUCAUCAGAAAGUCCUUCGGCCACGACGGAAGCAAACAUUUCCCUACUGUCCGAGAACGCCGCUGACGUAUUGGCUGGAGUAACUCAAAUUCCAAAUAUUUCACCACAAUUUGAAGUAAAUUCCGUAGAACAAGGAGUAUCUACCGAUUUGCCAUCAAACAGUCCUGAAGUUGAAGCGACAGUCGACGAUAGUAAAAUUCCAGUGGAAUCUCCAACAACACAAAGCUUGCCUAGUUCCAGUGAGCAGGGCUUGGCGAAUAAUAAUGGACCGGAAACCCCUAGCAAUCCGAUCCUGACUCAAGUUCAGAACGCCGGCGAACCAAGCGCUGAAUUACCAGCAUCGGAAGUAACUGCAGUAGUUGACGACAACAAAACGCCUGAGAUCAGCGCACCGUUAUCCGAACAACAUGAGGUGCCUGUAGACGAUACAGCGGUAGUAGUUAAGCCGGCCGCGGAAGAGAAACCAGAUGACGUGAAUAGCCCAAUCAUAUCAGAUUCGGAUGUACCAGCGGAAGUAGUCACACAAACGGUGGUAACUGGCCGACCAGUGGUCAGUACUCCAGACGACAGUGACAAGAGGUUUGGUGAACAGAACAGUUCGUCUUUCCGUCCGCCUUUCCAAGGAGGAGACGACAACAACCACGAAAGUGAACAUCCCCGACCGGAAACCGCUGACGCUGUGCACAUACCACUUGACACAGAGACGCCUGCGUUCAACCCUUCUACAAACGCUCCACUCGCCACUUACUCCCACAAACCUUCAUACACACCAAUCCCACAAUCGACAUGGACACAAAAACCAUUCCACCAAGACUCCACCUCCGAAGCGCCUUUACAACCAGAUCAAGGUUUCCCAGACGAGUACGACGAUGAAAAUGAAGCAGUUUACGGGCCAGGCACAUGCAGAUACGGUGGAAAAGUAUAUGUUUCUGCUCAGCAAGUGCCCAGAGAUGACCCAUGCGAUUUCUGUUUCUGUUUCCGAGGCGAUAUAAUUUGCCUACAACAGAGCUGCCCACCGCCCAUAUUCGGGUGCUACCAGGAGAACAUACAAGGUUUCUGUUGUCCGCGUUACGAGUGUCCGGUGGCCCAGGCCACGUCUGUCAACGUUACCACGACCACCACUUCAACCACAACCAUGGUGCCACCACAUUUCUUCGCCAACGCCUACCGAGGCGCGGCCAGACGUACCGGAUGUCUUAUCCACGGACACGCUUACCGCGUGGGCGAAGACGUAGGAAUUGCUUCUGGUCCUUGUCUCGAGUGCAUAUGCGGUGCCGACGGCAAAAUGAAAUGCGAUCCUAAGCCUUGCAGUCCAGAGCCUUUGCUCAGAAAAAUGAUGGCCGAAGCAGUUGAACAAAAGAGAAGGUGAAUAAUAAGAAAAAAAACGUUCAACGACUAAGUGCCAAAUACCACAGAUAACGACAACACGAGCAACGAGAACCAAAAGUAGACGACCGUCAAUUUUUUUUUUUAUUUUACCUUUUUUACUUUCUUUCUCAUUAUCAACCACACCGCACGACAUGUCCACUUUCGCGGCAUUGCGUUGCUCAAUACACAACUACCAUCACUGUUACGACGAAAAAAACAAAAGACAAACAUGGUAUGCCAUCGUGAAAACAUUGGAGACUGGUUCUAAUGAGUAUUUUAUAUUUAUUACUUUUAGUUUAUUAAAAAAAAUAGGUUAGUUAUUUAUUGUAGUAAGACACUUUUAGAAAGAACGUUGAUUGUUUACAUCAAUUUUUUUCCAAGCGAUUUUAUACAACUGAAUGAAAUUAAAUUUAACUAUACGAUUAGAAAUUUAGAAAACAUAAUUAAGUAUAAUAUGUAAUAUAAAUAGUAUAGUUGUAGGCUUAAUGCCAUAACAGCAAGCAAUACACGCCACAUUGCUACAAAAAAAUUACGAUUUUAUAAAACUUUUAUACUCUUUUUUUGUAUUGAAAAAUCUAACCGUCCAAACACAAUUAAUUCCGAAUUUUUUCUAAAAGUAAUUGUUUAUCGUAUAUCGCAUCACAUCGCUGCCAUUCACUUGUAAUUUUUUAAGAAUUAGGUACGAAAUUAUCCACCCAAUCAUAUUAUAUUUCGUUUUAACCAAGCCCGAUCCAGUGCUCAUGGUUUCCAAGAUGAAAUGCAAAAAAAUGUUUUAUUAUUAUUAUUAUUAUAACGUCGGAUUUUUAUCUGAGUAGUUUAACAGGCAGAAGUCAAUUUAUCUACUUAGCUAUAUUGUGUACAUGCAUCACAAAAAUAUUAGGAAAAUCGAUAAAUAAUUUUGAAAAACUUUAAGUCCAAGAACGCGUAUUUGUGUAAUGAAUACGAAGGAAUUUUAUUUUCGAAACGUCUUCUGCCUCUCGAACACACAGAUAAACAUGCUGCACGGAUAACAUGUAAAUAUUAUAUAUUGUUCAUAAGUUUAAAUAUACAUUAUUACUUAUAAGAUAAAUUUAUGAUUAACAAUUAAUAUUAUAAUUAGGCCAAAAAAAUUGUCUACUUAAUAUAAACGAAUG